AUGUCAUUAAAAGGCAGCCAGGACGAGCAGCAGCAAGGAGCACGGAGCAAGGAGCGUGCCCUAAGCGGGCAGUGCGGGCAAAUCACAGCGGCGAACUUUAACAGCACUUUGGCAUCGCAUGAGUUGGUCUUUGUUAAUUUCUAUGCCGAUUGGUGCCACUUUAGCGCUCGUCUAACGCCGAUCUUUGAGGCAGCGGCCGUGCUCCUGGCGGAGACGCUGCCAGUCACGGCGAGCGUCCGUUUAGCCCGCAUCGACUGCGUGCGGGAGGAGGAGCUGACCAAUAGAUGCGGCAUCACCAAAUUCCCAACGCUGCGGCUAUACAAUCGUGGUCAUCCGCUGCGUCGGGAGUAUCGAGGACAGCGUUCGGUUGACGCACUGGUCAGCUAUGUGGAGAAGCAGUAUAGAUCUUCGAUCAAGACAUUCAACACUAUCGAAGAGUUGGGAGCGAUCAAUGUGAAGCGACGUUCGGUGAUUGGAUUCUUCGAGAGUCGCAAGCAGCCAGAUGCAGGUGUAUUCGAGGUGCUGGCUGACCGUUAUAAAAACGAUUGCGACUUCUACAUACGAAUUGGAGCCAAGUUGGACAGCGUUGCGUAUACGCAACGUAUGCCUACAGUGGUCUAUCGACCGGACCUUGCGCGCACCCAUGCUGCAGAUGAGUUAUUUGGUGGUAACUUGGCAUCUCCCACAGAUCUGGAGGAUUGGAUCUAUAAGAAGUGUGUGCCGCUGGUGCGUGCGGUGGAUUUUAAUAAUGUGGAGGAGAUAAUCGAGGAACGAUUGCCGCUGCUCGUCCUCUUCCAUAUGCCACACGACAUGACGUCCGUGAAGGACUACAAAGCGAUUGUGGAAAUGCAGCUGUCGAACUGUUCGGACUGUGGGCGAUUCAACUUUGUUACCGUCGACGGGCUCAGGUUUCAGCAUUCGAUACUCCACAUGGGCCGCACACUUCAGGAUAUGCCCAUAAUUGCCAUCGAUUCGCUGAAGUUUAUGUUUCCCUAUGAAAGGUUUAGUGAUAUGUACAUCCCGGGCCAUUUGAAGGAGUUCAUUCGUAAUUUUAGCAACCAUCAGAGGAUGUUUACGCUGCAAAUAAAGAAUGCCAUCGAACAGGAUGUUUCUGAGGUACCGCCGCCCUUAUCCACCUUCAAGCAUCUGGGUCCCUCGAAGCAUCGCUACACUCUUUUCGGACAUGAUGAGCUGUGA